GCUUAAUAAAGUUUGGUUUUGUAAGUAAAAUAUGGAACACCAAUAUUUCGCUUACUUGAACGGUUGCACCUAUCCCUGAUAGAUAACGAUGCCUAUCAUGAUCGCUCCCACUGCUAUGCACAAAUUGGCUCAUCCUGAAGGUGAGUUGGCAGCAGCACGAGCAGCAUCAGCAGCUGGCACAAUAAUGACAUUAUCUUCAUAUGCAACAUCCAGUCUUGAUGAGGUGGCCUCAACAGGACCUGGCCUUCGCCUUUUCCAACUCUAUGCAUCCAAAGACAGAUAUGGAGUUACUCAGCUGGUCAGGAGAGCUGAAAGAGCUGGCUUCAAGGCCAUUGCCCUCACUGUUGAUACUCCGAGACUUGGUCGAAGGGAAGCUGACAUUAAGAACCGAUUUGUAGUACCUUCAUCUGUGACAUUGAAGAUCUUUGAGGGUUUGGAUAAUGGGGAGUCGGACAAGACAAAUAAUUCUGGAUUUGCCGCAUAUGUUGCUGGCCAAGUUGUCCAGUCCCUAAGCUGGGAAUUUCCCUGACUGCAGAUGUGAAAUUUACAGCCGCAUGAUUCUUUAUCCUGUGAUCGUGCUGUCAGCAUUGCAAAAUCUAGCCAUUUCAGGAUGCCACUUCAGAUAUUAUUGUGUCAGGCUGUAAGCUACUUUGAGUAUAUACAACGGUCAAAAGAUAUUUUGCUGAUGAAUUUCCCUUGGGCUCGUCACAGGAUGUGGAGUGGCUUCAGACAAUCACCAAACUUCCAAUUUUAUUGAAGGGUGUGAUGACUGCUGAGGAUAGUGCAAAUUUCUCUAAUUAAUCUUACACUGAUCACAUACAGCAAGACUAUGUAUACAAGCAGGAGCAGCUGGAAUUAUUGUUUCUAACCAUGGAGCUCGCCAACUGGAUUAUGUCCCUGCUACUAUUAGUUGUUUGGAAGAGGUUGUAAGAGCUGCAGAAGGACAAGUUCCCGUGUUUCUGGAUCGUGGGACUGAUGUUUUCAAAGCAUUGGCAUUGGGAGCUUCUGGCAUCUUCGUGAGUGGAUAUUAAAAAUUGGGUUGUGAUGACUUUGCUAAUCUACUCUUCUCUUUGUAAUAUUAACCCAGCUCAUAAAUUUUGUUUAUAAGAAUGUUAAAAAUUUGCGGGCAUCCAACUCACGGCCUUAACACGUGGACCUUGCACGUGUGGGUCUUGGGUGUGCAGGUGACAUCGGUCAUGGUCCACCCCACGUACAGGUCAUACGAGUGACCAGUCAUUUGGUCACGGGUGUACAUGUGCCCACUCGGGUCACGACGGCUAUUGAUUCGGUCUACAUCAUGUGUAUGGGACCCAGCUCUGAUACCAUGUUAAAGUCUACGGGCAUCAAACUCAAAGCCAAUUGGCAAUGAGUGGAGCGGCCCUUCCAUAUUAUAUUUUAAGUUCAUUAUGCGGAAACUAGUGAUGUGGGACUAUUUAUCCUUUCACAAAUAAUUUCAGAUUUGAAGGCCUGUUUUGUUCUCCUUGGCUGUUGAUGGUGAGGCUGGUGUAAGAAAGGUACUUCAAAUGCUCCGCGAUGAGUUUGAACUAACCAUGGCAUUAAGUGGAUGUCGUUCUCUCAGCGAGAUCACUCGUAACCACAUUAUCACUGAUUGGGAUGUUCCUCGCCCAUUCACCAGAUUAUAAUACUCAGAUAUUUCAGCAUGCAACUGAUUGUUCGGUCCCUUUGCUUCAGAGAAGAAUUUAAGUACAGGAUUUUCUGAUGACUAGAGAAGGUGAUUUUGUCGCCAAGGGGGGUUAAUUGCAUAAGGUACAUGCUAUCAAGACUGAGAUUUAGGCUAUUUGUAGAAUAAAAAGAAAUGAAAACAGACUUCUACAAAACUGAUGUUCUAAUAUGGUGGUAAGGUUAAAUAUUGGGAAAAUUAGGGGGAGAUUCAAAAAAAAUAAUAUUCACAUUGUCAAGCCCACAAUUAAUUUUAGGUACUGUGACACCCAUAAUUAUUUCCGUGACACCCAUAAUUAUAAGAAAUUGUUAAAAAUGUACGCAUCAGGGAUUA